GAGCGUCUCCAGUCCCCGCCGCGCCGCGGGCAGGUGGGCUCGGCUGCGGUGCCUGUCCCGGGAAAUGACCCUGCCCGGGGGCCCGACAGGCAUGGCGCGGCCGGGGGGCGCGGGGCCCUGCAGUCCCGGGCUAGAGCGGGCCCCGCGCCGGAGUGUCGGGGAGCUGCGCCUGCUCUUCGAGGCGCGCUGCGCGGCGGUCGCGGCCGCAGCCGCCGCAGGGGAGCCCCGGGCCCGCGGGGCCAAGCGGCGUGGGGGGCAGGUCCCCAACGGGCUUCCGCGGGCUUCCCCGGCCCCGGUGAUCCCGCAGCUGACUGUGACAGCCGAGGAGCCGGACGUGCCCCCGGCCAGCCCCGGGCCGCCCAAGCCAGAGGGCGGCUGGCUCCCGGCCGUGGGCUCGUCGCACCUGCAGCAGCCGCGCCGCCUCUCCACCUCGUCGCUUUCCUCCACUGGGUCCUCGUCGCUGCCCGAGGACUCGGAGGACGAUCUGCUGAGCGACAGCGAGAGCCGGAGCCGCGGCAACGUGCAGCUGGAAGCGGGAGAGGACUCGGGUCAGAAAAGUCACUGGCAGAAGAUCCGGACCAUGGUGAAUCUGCCCGUCAUGAGCCCUUUCAAGAAGCGCUAUGCCUGGGUGCAACUGGCUGGGCACACGGGGAGUUUCAAGGCGGCGGGCACCAACGGGCUGAUCCUGAAGCGCAGCUCGGAGCCGGAGCGCUCCUGCCUGGCGCGGCUGAUGGCGGACGCACUGCGCGGCUGCGUGCCUGCUUUCCACGGCGUGGUGGAGCGCGACGGCGAAAGCUACCUGCAGUUGCAGGACCUGCUCGACGGCUUCGACGGACCCUGCGUGCUCGACUGCAAGAUGGGCGUCAGGACUUACCUGGAGGAGGAACUGACCAAAGCCCGUGAGCGGCCCAAGCUACGGAAGGACAUGUACAAGAAGAUGCUGGCGGUAGACCCAACGGCGCCCACCGAGGAGGAGCACGCCCAGCGCGCAGUCACCAAGCCGCGCUACAUGCAGUGGCGGGAGGGCAUCAGUUCCAGCACCACGCUCGGCUUCCGCAUCGAGGGCAUCAAGAAAGCUGACGGCUCCUGCAGCACCGACUUCAAGACUACGCGAAGCCGGGAGCAGGUGAUUCGCGUCUUGGAGGAGUUUGUGCAAGGGGAUGCGGAAGUGCUGAGGAGGUAUCUGAACCGCCUGCAACAGAUCCGGGACACCCUGGAGGUCUCCGAGUUCUUUAGGAAGCACGAGGUGAUCGGCAGCUCCCUCCUCUUCGUGCAUGAUCACUGCCAUCGCGCCGGCGUGUGGCUCAUCGACUUCGGCAAGACCACGCCCCUCCCCGACGGCGAGACUCUGGACCACCGGCGGCCCUGGGAGGAGGGUAACCGCGAGGACGGCUAUUUGCUGGGGCUGGACAAUCUCAUUGGGAUCCUGGCCAGCCUGGCCGAGAGAUGAGGCUGUGCCCCUGUCCCCGCGCGAGUCUGCGGGUUUGACCGAUGGUCCUGUGGCUGCGUCCGGACUGUGCAUGCAGCGGAAAGACUGAAACCCCGCGGCGCGGGGCGGUUCCCACGGUCCUGCAGGGCCAGGUGCCAACCAUGAGGGGGCGCUCUGCAGAUGCCGGAGGGCUGGUGCCCACAGCAGCUCCAGCGUUCCCAGAGCCAAAUGACAUAAUUUACAGGGGUAGGGGUA